UUGAAUUUGCCUGUUUUAAACGCAUUUAAUUUGGGGAAUGUUGGCGGUAAAAGCUCGGUAAUGUACCAAGAAACGCGAAUAAACACGCGGGACGAGAUUCUUCCGAGUUUUAGUUAGUUGAUUUAUUAUUGUGGCAUCACUGCGAAAUGCAACAACUGUCAUUUGUCGUUUUAAUUGGAUUGUUUUGCGAUUGUUGUGAGACAAUUGCCAAUUUUUGUGUUUUGUAAUAGUCAAAAAGUAACAACAUAUCAUCAAAAUGCCACGUGCAGAAGUGGGUACCCCGAAAUAUAUCGCGAACAAAAUGAAAGCCAAGGGGCUUCAGAAAUUGCGGUGGUAUUGUCAGAUGUGCCAGAAACAGUGUAGAGACGAAAAUGGGUUCAAGUGCCACACCAUGUCGGAGUCCCAUCAACGGCAGUUGCUAUUAUUUGCGGAAAAUUCCAAGAGGUAUAUAGAUGACUUUUCAUUCGACUUCGCGAAAGGUUAUAUCUCAAUUUUAAAAAGACAAUUUGGUGGUAAAAGAGUGAAUGCCAACAGAGUUUAUCAAGAGUACAUUUCUGAUCGUAAUCAUAUUCAUAUGAAUGGCACUAGGUGGGUAACCCUAACGGGGUUUGUUAAAUGGCUCGGCGGAACCGGUCAAGCUGUUGUUGAUGAAACUGAAAAAGGUUGGUUUAUUACGUACAUAGACCGAAGUCCAGAAACUGUGGAAAAAGAAGAGAAAAAAAAGCGAAAACUAAAGAUGGACAAAACUGAUGAAGAAAAAACUAUGGAGUUUAUUGAAAAGCAAGUAAAAUUUGCUUUAGAAAAUUCUGGCCCUCCACCUGAGUCGGUGUAUACUGAAUUAGUGAGAGAAAAUGAAGAGGAACCUUUGAAAUUGGAUCUUAAUUUAAAGAUAGAGAAAAAAUUAACUGCAAGUCCUGUACCAUUAGACAAGGUGUUUAAGAGACCCGCUGACGGGGCCACUAAAUCAGAAAUAAAAAAAGUUAAGAUGGAUCAUAGAAAAAAGACGGCACUGGAUGAAAUAAAGGAAGAAGAGGAGAUUAAAAAAGAAAAACAGAAUCGGAAAGAUUACUGGUUAGUUGAGGGUAUUGUGGUCAAGGUUAUGACAAAAUCUUUAGGUGAAGAAUAUUACAAACAAAAAGGUGUUGUUCGGGAAGUGAUAGAUAGGUAUGCGGCAAUAGUGAAACUGUUAGAAAGUGGCAAGAAAUUAAAAUUAGAUCAGCAGCAUUUGGAAACUGUUAUUCCUGCGAUUGGAAAGCUAGUGAAGGUUGUCAAUGGGGCGUACCGAGGAGAGACUGCUACGUUGUUAUCUCUGGACGAAAAAAAAUAUUGCGUAAAUAUAGAAAUCGCUUCUGGUCUUUUACAGGGACGUAAGGUCAAUGGUGUGGAGUAUGAAGACAUUUGUAAAUUACAAGACGCCUAAUAUGUUGUGUUACCAUGUUUUAAGUGAUAGAAGAUAUUGUUUCAUUUAAAAUGCAAAAUAUAUUUUUUUUCUGUGAUAAAUAUGUUUUUACUUUAUUGCUACACUGUGACAACUAAACUUACUCAAAUAAAAAAAAGGGGGCAGUGAUCUAGUAGCUAGUACUGAUUACAUAUAAACUUUUGAGCAAUUAAUAGUUGUACCAUUCUGUCCCAUUGAAUAGCAUUGUUUUGUUAUUUUCUCUUUCAACCAAACUCUACAUAGU